ACACGACGCAUUGCACUGUCCUCGACUACACCUACCAGCAGUGGUAUUCAUACAAGAGUUCCUGCUAACUGACACCACAACUCUCAUUGAGCGAUCAUGGCGAGCAUGGAUGUCGAUUCCAAUGUCCCAAACCAAGAACCCCAACUCACGUCUCUUCACCAACAAGAGAGUUCAAGUGUUACUCCGCCGCUACCCAUGUCCGUUGUACUCUCGGACGCUCCAGCUGCUGCUGAGCCGCGCGAAAACUUCAAAGAUAUACCCGUGAAGGUUCACAUUCGAAAGCCGGAGAGGGACACCUGGGUCUACGUCGGCCGUGGAAUAGUCCACCUUGACAUACAGGGCCAUUCAGCCCAAGUUGUCGUGCGUUCGACCUCGACCAACAAAGUGAUGACUAUGUUUAGCGAGGCCAGUGAUGUUCUCGCUGAGAAGCGCGGCAACUUCGUCGUCGUGGGCUGCGUUGAGGGCUCGAAAGUAGUGUCUUGGUCUCUUAACGCUCUAAACAAUUCGGAAACACUUCGGCUUUUAGCCAGCAUCGAACUUGCUUGUUACCGGUGCAAAUCUGCUGUCGUAGACCCUCGCCUGCACCUGAAGCUGCGGCGAAAGAUCGACAAGGUUAUCAAGGACGACAGACGCAAGAGGCACCGCAGGCGCAAGGACCAGGACGCGAUGGUCGAUAUGUUCGCGAAGCAACAUAUUCAUGAGCCUAUGGGGUCUGAGGCCCUCGCAGCGUCUCCUCCAUGAGAGUCUCCCUGCAUCCCAUGGAUCGGAAGUGACUCUCAUUCAACGCGCAGUUAGUUCGAUCUGCUGGGCUGGGGAGGAAGGAAGGAGCAUCAAGAUGAGCCACGACAAUUGUGUACUUCUAAUCAUCAUUCUUUGCCAUAUAUCAACUCUGCUACCUGUUAUGUUUUCCUCCCUAUCAUCUCUUCUUCUUUCCUUUGCCCCCGCUGGGCACUUUUAUGUUUGACCGUUCUCCUGUAUUCCUGGACACUAGCCCACGCCAUCCCCUCGACCGUCCAAGUCGCUCUCAUCCCGUAACCUGUUCGCCGCUUGUCUUUGCCUGCCCUCCACAUACUUACCCUACGGUGAUCAUCUCAUCGCUUUCCAGCAUCUCGCAAGCAUCGCAACACCAACUUCGUCGCCAUUGUUCAUAUUACUAGCGUUGUCGUUUGUCUCGUCGUAGUCUCGGAUACGGUAUCUGUCCGCAUCUGUCCUCGUCUCACCUUGCCUCACCCUGCCUCAUCUACUUACGUUACGCCACGCUCUACUCGUCGAUACGCCCCGCAUUCCCUCUAUCCCCUCCUCUCUCAACGCCCCACAUUUUCCUAUUCAC